AUGAGCGCCAGACUCUUCUCCGCCGCCGCGCGCAGCGCCGGCCGCUCCACCUUCCAGCGCCGCUUCGCCAGCACCACCGACAACGCCUUCAUCAGGGAGCGCGAGGCUGCCAAGCACCACGCCGCCGGCACCACUGAGCUGUGGCGCAAGAUCUCCAUCUACGCCUGCAUACCCGCCGUCGCUCUGGCCUCUGCCAACGCCUACGUCCUCUGGAACGAGCACUGGGAGCACUGGAGCCACAUGCCCCCUCUGGAGGAGCGCACCGAGUACUCUUACCAGAACAUCCGCACCAAGAACUACCAGUGGGGCAACGGUGACAAGACCCUGUUCUGGAACGACAGCGUCAACUACCACAACAAGGACAAGGCCUAG